UGAGACGGUUUAAACGGAAGCAUCUUACAGCCAUCGACUGCCAACAUUUAGCUCGGAGUCACUUGGCUGUCACCCAGCCCUUCAGUCAAAGAUGGACAAACAGAGACCCAAACCACGGUCUCUAUCCUAGACCCAGAACAAAAAGAGGGACUAGGGGUCAAGGAUGUCAAAGAUACAUAACUGAAUUCUACCUAGCUGGCCACCAGCGGUGCACCAAUGACAUGGCCAAAAGCAAUUCUGUGGGCCAGGACAGCUCUAAGGACUCGGAGGGUGAAAUGAUCUUUGCUGCAGAGAGCAAUUGCGCCCUGCCCCAGGAAGGUGAUGGAGAAGCAAGACUGGGUUCAUCAGGCUCUGCUCUGCCUGACAGGAAGCGCUCUCGGUCCUUUGAGGACGAGAGGAAUCAAGCUACAGGGACCAGUCAGUGGGAUGGGGUUUCCAAGAAAACCCCACGGCGUUGUUUGUCCCCAUCCUACACAAAGCCCAGGGGAGCUAGGCAAGAAGCAGAGGGCUGUCUGUCAUGGCUCUCUGCAGAGUCUGAAGAUUUCAGCCAAGAAGUGGAGGACAUGGGUCCUGAUCCCAUUCCUGACUCUUACUAUGGGCUUCUUGGGACCUUGCCCUGCCAGGAACCCCAGAGCCACAUCUGUAGCCUGCCCAGCGAAGUCCUGAGGCACAUCUUUGCUUUCCUCCCCGUGGAAGAUCUCUAUUGGAACGUGAGCUUGGUGUGCCACCUUUGGAGGGACAUAAUCAGUGACCCACUGUUCAUUCCUUGGAAGAAGCUGUAUCAUCAAUACCUGAUGAAUGAAGAGCAAGCUGUGAGCAAAGUGGAUGGCAUCCUGGUGAACUAUGGUAUAGAGAAGGAGUCCGACUUGUGUGUGCUGAACCUCAUCCGCUAUACAGCCACCACUAAAUGCUCCCCCAGCGUGGAUCCUGCAAGGGCGCUGUGGAGUCUGAGGGAUCAUCUCCUCCUUCCUGAGGCAGAGGCGUGCAUGCGUCAACACCUCCCUGACCUCUACGUUGCCCCUGCGGGUGUCAACGUGUGGGCCUUGGUGGCAGCCAUUGUCCUGCUCUCCAGCAGUGUGAAUGACAUCCAGCAGCUGCUCUUCUGCCUCAGGAGACCUAGCUCCACCGUGACCAUGCCAGACAUCACGGAGACCUUAUACUGCAUCGCUGUGCUUCUCUACGCCAUGAGGGAGAAGGGGAUUAACAUCAGCAAUCGCAAGAAAACGAUUCAGCUUACACAUGAACAACAGCUGAUUCUGAGCCAUAAGAUGGAACCUCUCCAGGUGGUAAAAAUUAUGGCAUUUGCAGGCACCGGGAAGACCUCUACCCUGGUCAAGUACGCUGAGAAGUGGUCUGGGAGCAGGUUUCUGUAUGUGACAUUCAACAAGAGCAUCGCAAAGCAGGCUGAGCUAGUCUUCCCCAGCAAUGUCAUCUGCAAAACCUUUCAUUCCAUGGCCUAUGGACACGUCGGGCGGAAGUACCAAUCAAAGAAGAAAUUGAAUCUCUUCAAGUUAACACCCUUCAUGGUCAACUCUGUCCUCGCUGAAGGGAAAGGUGGCUUCAUAAGGGCCAAACUAGUGUGUAAGACUUUGGAAAACUUCUUUGCCUCGGCUGAUGAAGAGUUGACUAUUGAUCAUGUGCCUAUUUGGUGUAAGGACAACCAAGGACAGAGAGUGAUGGUUGAGCAGAGUGAAAAACUGAACAGUGUCCUUGAAGCAAGCCGACUUUGGGACAACAUGCGGAAGCUUCGGGAAUGCAAAGAAGAGGCUUACCAAAUGACUCAUGAUGGCUAUUUGAAACUCUGGCAGCUGAGCAAGCCUUUGCUUGCCUCUUUUGACGCCAUCUUUGUGGAUGAGGCCCAGGACUGCACCCCAGCUAUCAUGAAUAUAGUUCUGUCUCAGCCAUGUGGGAAGAUCUUUGUGGGGGAUCCACACCAGCAGAUCUAUACCUUCCGUGGUGCGGUCAAUGCUCUCUUCACAGUCCCUCAUACUCACGUCUUCUAUCUCACACAGAGUUUUAGAUUUGGUGUGGAAAUAGCUUAUGUGGGCGCUACUAUCUUGGAUGUCUGCAAGAGAGUAAGGAAAAAGACUUUGGUUGGAGGAAACCAUCAGAGUGGCAUUAGAGGCGAUACAAAGGGGCAGGUGGCCCUGUUGUCCCGGACCAAUGCCAAUGUGUUUGAUGAGGCUGUACGGGUGACCGAUGGAGAAGUACCUGCAAGGAUACAUUUGAUUGGGGGGAUUAAAUCAUUUGGAUUGGACAGAAUCAUUGAUAUUUGGAUCCUUCUUCAGCCGGAGGAAGAGCGAAGGAAACGAAACCUCAUUGUUAAAGACAAGUUUAUUAGAAGAUGGGUGCACAAAGAAGGCUUUAGUGGCUUCAAGAGGUAUGUGACUGCAGCUGAGGACAAGGAGCUCGAAGCAAAGAUUGCAGUCGUUGAAAAGUAUAACAUCAGGAUUCCAGAACUGGUGGAAAGGAUAGAAAGAUGCCACAUAGAAGACUGGGACUUUGCUGAGUAUAUUCUGGGUACCGUGCACAAAGCCAAAGGCUUGGAGUUCGAUACUGUGCACGUCCUGGAUGACUUUGUGAAAGUGCCGUGCGCCAGGCACAACCUUGCACAGCUGCCCCACUUCCGAGUUGAGUCAUUUUCUGAGGAUGAAUGGAAUUUACUGUAUGUUGCAGUAACUCGUGCCAAGAAGCGUCUCAUCAUGACCAAAUCAUUGGAGAACAUUUUGACUUUGGCUGGGGAGUACUUCUUACAAGUAGAGCUGACGAGUAACGUUUUAAAAACAGGAGUGGUCCGCUGCUGCGUGGGGCAGUGCAGCAACGCCAUCCCGGUGGACACGGUGCUCACCAUGAAGAAGCUCCCCAUCACUUACAGCAACAGAAAGGAGAACAAGGGUGGCUACCUGUGCCACUCGUGUGCAGAGCAGCGCAUCGGGCCUCUGGCCUUCCUGACCGCUUCCCCCGAGCAGGUGCGCUCCAUGGAACGCACCAUCGAGAACAUCGUGCUGCCCAGACAUGAAGCCCUGCUUUUCCUUGUCUUCUGAAAGCCAAGAAGAGCAUUCUCCAGGGUACCGAUUGCCUUCUGUGGACUCCAGUUACUUGAAGAAAGCCAGUGUGGGUUGGGGCUCUCACUCAUCCGAGACUCUGAAUUCACUCACAGAGCAUUUUUGAGGAAGACAAAGCCAACCAGACUUGGAUCUGCCAUUUCUCCAUUCCCUAUAGGUAGCCAGUUUCCACUGCCCCUGUUCCAUGCAUACCAGGCUGGGGACGUGAGAGAAGUUCUUUUGAUAAAAAAACAAAAACAAAAAACAAAAAACCAACAAAGCAUUUUAUUAUUUAAACUUUUAUUACAAGGUUUCAAUUAAACAAGCAUUGUAGAUCUGA